AUGAGGGUACCGGGUUUGCUCCUGGCACUGCUGUGCCUCGUGGGAUGUGCACGUUACUGCGGUUCCCUGUCAACCUGCAAGCCGUUAAACCUGGAACUGGUAAGAAGGAAGCGCAUCGAGGCUAUUCGGGGACAGAUUCUGAGCAAACUGCGGCUGGCCAAGGAGCCGGAGGACGAGGAGGAAGAAGGAGAAGAGGUGCCAACGGAGGUGCUGUCAGUCUACAACAACACGGUGGAGCUGAGUGAGCAGCUGACGGUGAACACAGAGCAGCAAGUGGACACAGAGGAGGCGUACUACGCCAAGGAGGUUCACAAGUUUAACAUGAGCAGUAGUGAACCGGACAUGGUGAUGAAGUUUGACAUCACUUUGAUAAAAAGCGCUCUGGGUUUGGACCGUCUGAUCUCUCAAGCUGAGCUGCGUCUCCUCAUCAAAGAAGUUUCCCUGAAUGCGAAUACCACAGAACAGAGGUUAGAGCUGUACCACGGUACUGGAAAUCAUUCUCAAUACUUGAGUUCACAUUUCAUCACCAACAAGCAGAAUGGAACCUGGAUUUCAUUCGAUGUAACACAAACUCUGAAGAACUGGCUGCAAAGUUCUGACACAGAACAAGCGUUCCAGGUGAAGCCUCACUGUGGCUGUGGAGAAACAAACAAUAUGGUCUUUAAAAUCACAGGUUUGUUCAGUCCGAGAGGAGACAACAUGAUAUUCCAAAACAAAAUUACCAAGCCAUACAUUCUGGUGAUGUCACUUCCUGCAGAUCGCUACAGUCACCUCAGUUCGCGGCGGAAGCGGCAGACAGCAGAAGAUGAAGUUUGCUCUGAGCACUCGGAGAAUUGUUGCGUCAGAAGACUUUAUAUAGACUUCCGGAAGGACUUGGGCUGGAAAUGGAUACACGAGCCCGCUGGCUACUACGCCAACUACUGCAUCGGCUCUUGUUCCUUUGUCUGGAACGCAGAAAAUAAGUACUCACAGGUGUUGGCGCUGUAUAAACAUCACAACCCGGGAGCAUCAGCACAGCCCUGCUGUGUACCACAGGUCCUCGACCCGUUACCCAUCCUCUACUAUGUGGGGAGACAACAUAAGGUAGAACAGCUCUCAAAUAUGAUUGUGAAGACCUGCAAAUGUAGCUGA